AUGUCAGAUAGACCUGAACGUGAUGAACAAGAAGAAGCUAAUAGUAGAAUACAGACCUCUGAACAAGGAACAAGCAGUAAUGUUCCAAUCUCUCUGGCUCAAGAACAAGAUCUUAAAAAUAUGAUAUAUGGAGUGAUGAAUCAGUGGUUUACUGAUCUAAUGCAAGGAAGAACUCAAACUCAACAACCUUCUCCCCCUACUGCACCAUCUGUGGCUCCCCCAGUUGCUCCUCCACCUCCUUCAACAACUGAAUCUAGUAAACGUUCACCGAUUGAAAAACUUAGGAAGUUUGGAGCUGAAGAAUUUCGUGGUAGAUCAGAUGAUGACCCUGCAAAAGCUGAGUAUUGGCUACAAAGUUUGGUAAGAGUUUUUAAACAGAUGGCUUGUUCUCCGGAUGAUUAUCUAAGAUGUGUUGUCUCUUUACUAAAAGAAGAAGCAUAUAAUUGGUGGGAAACUGUGGAAGCAGUAGUAUCUGAAGAGAAGCUUACUUGGGAAUUUUUCCAAGGUGAGUUCAAAAAGAAAUAUGCCGGUAAGAGAUAUCUGGAUAAAAAGAAGAGGGAAUUUCUUGAUUUGCGACAGGGAAAUCGAACGGUGGCUGAAUAUGAAAGAGAAUUUGUAUACCUCAGUAAAUAUGCUCGAGAUAUUGUGCCGACUGAAGAAGAAAUGUGUAUUAGAUUUGAGGAAGGGUUAAAUGAUGAAAUUAGAAUGAUGAUUGGAGGCACAGAAAUUCGAGAAUUUGUUACUCUGUCAGAUCGAGCCCAGAAGAUGGAAGAAGUAUACAACAGAAAGAAGCAAAGAGAGAGUCAGAACCAAGAAUCUUUCAAGAGGGGUUAUUCUAGAUCAAUAUCGACAGUUCCAGCUAAAAAGUUCAGAGAUGAUUCAAGCCGACCUACUUCAACUUCAGAAAGAUUGAAUAAAAGUAAGACAAUUCAAGGGAAUGUUGGAGUAACUAUUAAACCUUCAGCUAGUGUUAGCAGUGUACAAAAUUUUCCCAAGCCUAGAUGUAAAAAUUGUGGGAGGUUUCAUAUUGGUGAAUGUUGGGGCAGAAUAGGAGCUUGUUAUAGUGCAGCGAGAGCUAGUCACUCGGGAAUAAGAGAUUCUACUGUUCGAUCAGAACCUCGAGCACCUACACGUAUAUAUGCCAUUCGAGCAAGGGAAGAGGCUGCAGCUCCAGAUGUGAUAGCUGGUAUUUUCUAUCUUUUUGAUGAUUCUGUGUAUGCAUUAAUUGAUCCUGGAUCUACACAUUCUUAUGUUUGCACUGCAUUAGCAUCAUAA